CAUUUCCUAUAUAUACUGCCGGUGAAUAUUUUGCAGAACCUACAAACUUAGAAGAAAUAUAGAGUAUCAUUUAUUAUAUAAUCCAGCAAGAGAAAGAAUAUGGCAUCCAAGGUUGGGUUUCUUGGAUUUACAGUAUUGAUAGUUGUAGUAUUAGCUGCUACUAAUACUAAUGGAGUUUCAGCUGAUGGAUGUGAAGGUGAUCUCCGGGGACUGACUGGCCGGUGUGCUCCAUAUGUUUUGAAGAUGGGACCAAAGAUACGACCAUCUCGAGGAUGUUGUGAUGUUGUUCGGAAAGUCGAUAUUCCUUGUGUCUGUCGACAAGUUACUCCUGAGAUUGAGAAACUUGUUAGCAUAAAGAAAGUGCUUUAUGUUGCUCAGUUUUGUGGCAAGAAUGUUCCCCAUGGAACCAAAUGUGGAAGUGUGACUACUCCUUCAGCCAUGAAAAGAAAUUAAGACAGGAAAUCAGGAAAGAUAAGAUGGAGAGUUCUAAUAUUCCCCUGCAGGGAGAUCUAAUAUUCCUUCGUUGCGCGAAUUAGUUCGUGCAAUAUUUCUUUUGUUAGUAGGAACGGUAAUAGAGUGUUGGUAUGGCAUCUCUAAACGUGUUAAAACUAGUAUGAAUAGUUUUGAAGAAUAUUGUAAUUUUUCAUCUUUGGUCUCUAAUCUAUAAUAUAAAGUAAGAUGGUUUGUUUGGUGUUUCAAAAAAAAAA